GAGGAGAAACAUCCACAAUUAAUUAUAAAGCGGAGCCGAGCUUCGCUCCUGCGGGAGUCACCGUGCGUGAGGAUCCGCUCCCCGCGCUCUCAAGGUUUCGUUGAGGAGAAAAAGUGAAGAGACCUGGAGCUCAGAGAGGAAAUAUCUUUAAGAAGAGCAGGAGUGGAUUUCAUCUCCACUGUUCCCUGGGAAACAGAAGCUCCGCUCGGCUGUUGAUGGAGAGGAUUUCGAAUGUCAGCCGGGACAGUGGUCAUCGCAGGAGGAAUUCUGGCUACAGUCAUCUUACUGACCAUCGUCGCUGUACUGUGUUUAUGUAGGUUGCAGUAUUACUGCUGUAAGAGGGAGGAGUCUGAGAAGGGGGAAGAGGAGGAACCAGAGCUGUCCACCAUGUCGCCGUCCCGCCCCCUGGCUCUGUCCGCUCCUCCCACACCUCCGACGCCGGAGCACUACAGCGACGAGGCCGAGACUUACCCCCCCACCUUCCUCACUGAGCCCAAUGGGCCGGUCGGCUACUCCCCGACCCCUCCGCCUCGCAGGUGCCAGCGCUCGCAUGCCUUCUGCCCGUCCUGCGCCCGCUGCUCACUGCCUUUCUACCUGCAGCACCCGGAGAGGCUGUGCAACGGCGGGCGCAGGGUCAGCUACAGGACUGUGCAGCAGCAGGACCUGGAACUGCCCAUGGAUCUGGCCAGUUUCUAUCAGAAGCUCAACCUCAUCCGCUCCGUCACCAUGAGGGAGGUGGUCACCCACAGUGUCAGUACCGACGUGUAGAGCAGCGCCGCCCUGCUGGCCUGCAGACAAACGAACAUCAUCAGUUAUAUCGUGCUGUGGCACUGACACUGACCUGAGGGCUUUUGCGUGGCAGCCAUGUUGGAGGUCCGCACCUCGAGUAUAAACCAGAACACAAAAUGUUUCUGACAAACUUGAAUGAACUAAUUUUUGUCAGUUGUGAGUUGUCGUGUUUCAGCUAUAGUCAAGUAAAUAACCAAUAUGUGUGUUUGUGAAAAUAUA